AUGAAAUAGAGAUUAGUAACUUAAACCGAUGAAAGAUCUCUAGAUAAUCCAAUUUAAAAAUCUAAUUCAGUAUAGAAUCAGUUCUAGAUUCUUUAAGUUGUUGGUAAUGUACUUUUGGUAUGGUUUAUUUGGUAUUCAAAUUAAAUAAUUAUAGGCUCUUGAUACAAAAACUAAUGAAAAAGUUGCUAUUAAGAAAGUAUUUUAAUAUAGAUGCUAUAAAAAUAGAAAACAUCUGAUAAUUUAAGAAUUAACUCAUCCUUGCAUAGUAUAAUUAAGAUAAGCAUUUUUCACUUAAAAUGAUAAUUAGAAAAAUGUAAUAAAAAAAUAAGAAUUUAGACAGAUGAUAUAUAUUUGAAUUUAGUAAUGGAUUAUAUUCCUGAAACUUUAAGUAAACUAAUAAAAGUCAAUUUCCAAAUUUAUUACUUAAAAUAUACAGUUAUUAGAUGUUAAGAGCUUUAGCUUAUUUAUAAGGUAUAUUUUAAUGAAAAAAGAUAGGAAUUGGUAUUUGUCAUCGUGAUAUUAAACCUUAGAAUAUUUUGGUUAAUCCUAAUAGUCAUGUUUUAAAAUUUUGUGAUUUUGGAUCAGCAAAAAGAUUAAUACCUGGAGAACCAAAUGUUGCUUAUAUUUGUUCGAGAUAUUAUAGAGCUCCUGAAUUAAUAUUUGGUGCAACAGAAUACACAACAUCAAUUGAUAUUUGGUCUAUAGGUAUUAUAAACUUUUAUUUAGGAUGUGUAAUUGUUGAGAUGCUUACAGGUGAACCACUCUUUUCUGGAGAAUCAGCUACCGAUUAAUUAGUUGAAAUAAUUAAAAUGUUGGGUACUCCUACAAUUGAAUAAAUUAAAUAAAUGAAUCCGUAACAUUAAUGAAAUCAGAAAAUAAGGAUUUUGUAUACCAAAUGUGCAAUAACCAAAUUUUUUUGAUUUCCAAAAAGGUAAUUCCUUUGAUUAUCAUAAAAGAGGAAUUGCAGAUUUAACCUGAAAUUGCUCCUAAAUUAACCCCUUCUUG